GCAAGAAUUUUAUCGAGAUCCAAGAACAUUUGGUAUGUUUUACAUUACAAACUUUACAAAAAGGUUAUCGCCGGUGUUGAAAACUGGCUCUUCAAGAAAAGCCUGUGCUAGCUUCUCCACUUUAAGAGAGAAAAUUACUAAUGAGCAUGAAAAGAAGAUAAAGCCAGAGAUAGACUCUAUUCCCAAAGAAGAAUUUCACAUGCAAAAUGAUGAUAUAAUCCUUGACGAAUAUGAAGAAUUUUCGUCAGAGACUACCAUUGAAGAAGUUAUCUCUCAUACCCUUGGUCAAGAUAGCCGAGGCAAUCAAAAUUUUAGGCAUCUUGUUGAGUAUACAUCCAUUGAAAAUAUAGAAACUUACAAUGAGAGAAGAUUUGCCCAGACAUACGGGACUGAUCCUGCAGAUCGGGAUAUUAGCCUUGAUUUCUCAUCAGGAAUUCCAGCUAGCUUUGAAGAUCAUUCUUGGUCAAUCCCUCCUUACGAAAUAUUAUCUGGGCUAGACCUUCGUUCUGAAGAAUUGUUUAUCUCUGAGUCUGAGACUUCUAUCAGUCAUAUUUCAGAAGAAAAGUUUUAUGAAGAGACAAAUCCUGAUAUUUUAACAGAGAAAGACUAUAAUGGUCAUAAUCUUAGUUCUGAGACUGGGCAAGAUCUUAACGUAGACAAUAUUAUCAGAGAGUGUUCACCUUCCUCAGCAGACCUUGGCCAUCAAAGAUUUCGAAGGAUUAGGAACAGUAUUGGAGACCUCUUCAUCCCAGAAGAAAAUUAUUCCUCAGAAUGUUUGCAAAGUAUUUAUGGAUCUGAUGAUAUUGUAACACCAAUAAUGAAUAAAUCAAAAAUAGAUCUUUUCGAAGAUUAUAUUUCCACCGAAAAGGUGUCCUUAGAUAUAGAUGAGGAAAGAUUAAACCUAAAAAUGCAAGAAGACUCUUCCAAUCAAACCAUUUCUAGUAACAGAAAUGGUAUACAUCAAUCAAAGCAGCCAGAGUUCAUGGAGCACCUAAAACAGGCAAUAAAUAAUUCAAAGAAAUUAUGUGAAGAAAUGAUCAGAAGAGACCACCUGAUCAUAACAAAUUUUACUAAUAAUCCCAUUAUUGCGUGGAACCUUCGUCCAUAUGGAUUAACAGCACUAAAGUUUGAGGCUAUUUGAGAUCAAGCAAAUAUUAUUCUAAAAACAAACCUAUCAGCUAUAGACAGAUCAGCUCAAGAUCCUUACUGAGUCAGACUUGGAAACCCAGCUUGAACUACCCGUGGAUACAAAGAAGAGCACAUGGAAGAUGUCGCUAGCUUCUUAGACAGAAUCCUUCAAGAAGCUCUUAAAAUCCAAAAUGAAAGAGGCAAGAAGCUCUCAGCCUUCAAGAGAGGACUCACAGAGAGUGACGAGGUCAAGAAGAUAUCCCAAGAAGUAAGGGACUUUGCAAGACAGUUCGAGCUGCCAGGACUUCAGAUCUAAAGCAAUUCUAUUUUCAUCAAUUUUAAGUCAGAUUUUG